AUGCCGCCGUCGCAAAUUCCUCUCCCACCCACCAUCACCCACCCCAUCGCCUUCCCGCUCGCCACGAAACGCCUUCUCGUCCCCCGCCCACGUUCUCCUCCCAUCGCCUGCCUGGUCGCCUUCGCGCUCGCACUCAAACGCUCUCCCCGCGCCCUUCCUCUCUCCCUUCCCAUCACCGACCUCGUCGCCCUCGUGCUCGUCCCGAAAUGCCUUCCCAUCGCCUUUCGUCUCUUCUCCCCAAUCAUUAAUCUCUGAAACGCUCUCCAUCGUCGGCCAAUCCGCCCUUCGCUCUUGCUAUGCAAUGCCCUCUCCGCGCCCUUCCUCCCUCCCCUCACAAUCUGUCUUCCCUCCCCGCAUCCCGUCGUUCCUCUCUACCCUCCCAUCCCGUCGUUCCUCCGCUCUACCCUCCCAUCCCGUCUUUCUUCCUCUCUCCCCUCCCAUCCCGUCGUUCCUCCUCUCUUCCUUCCUAUCCCGUCGUUUUUCCCUUCUCCCCUCCCAUCCCGUCGUUCCCCCUCUCUCCCCUCCUCUCCCGUCAGCCCCCUUGUCCCCAGUCCCUUCUCUUCGCCGUCGACCAAUCAACCGUCCCAUCGCCCUUUCUUUUUUCGUGCAUCAUUAA